AUGCUGGCCCCGCGCGGAGCCACCGUCCUCCUGCUGCACCUGGCCCUGCAGCCCUGGCUGGGGGCCGGCGCCCAGGCCACCCCGCAGGUCUUUGACCUUCUCCCAUCUGCCAGCCAGAGGCUGAACCCAAGUGUUCUGCAGCCAAUCCUGACAGACCCCACUCUGAACGAGCUCUAUGUGAUCUCCACCUUCAAGCUACAGUCGAAAAGCUCAGCCACCAUCUUCGGCCUUUACUCUUCAGCUGACCACAGCAAAUAUUUUGAAUUUACUGUCAUGGGACGCUUAAACAAAGCCGUCCUCCGUUACCUGAAGAACGACGGGAGGAUUCACUUGGUGGUUUUCAACAACCUGCAGCUGGCUGACGGCAGGAGGCACAGGCUGCUGCUGAGACUGACCAACCUGCACCGGGGUGCCGGCUCUGUGGAGCUGUUCCUGGACUGUACCCGAGUGGACUCCAUCCACAACCUCCCCAGAGCCUUCUCCGGCCUCGCCCAGAGUCCCGAGGCUGUGGAACUGAGGACUUUCCAGAGGAAGGCACACGACUCUUUGGAAGAGCUGAAGCUGGUGGUGAGAGGCUCGCUGAUCCAGGUGGCCAGCCUGCAAGACUGCUUCCUGCAGCAGAGUGAGCCACUGGCCACCACAAACACAGGAGACUUUAAUCGGCAGUUCUUGGGGCAGAUGUCACAGCUAAACCAGCUACUGGGAGAGGUGAAGGACCUUCUGAGACAGCAGGUCAAGGAAACAUCAUUUUUGCGAAACACCAUAGCCGAAUGCCAGGCUUGCGGUAAGUGCUUUUCUAUGCGCCGCUGUGACUCCAACCCGUGCUUCCGCGGCGUGCGGUGCACAGACACCAGGGACGGCUUUCAGUGCGGACCCUGCCCCGAGGGCUACACCGGAAACGGGAUCGCCUGUUCCGACGUGGAUGAGUGCAAAUACCACCCCUGCUACCCUGGCGUGCGCUGUGUAAACCUGGCUCCUGGCUUCAGAUGUGAUGCCUGCCCGGUGGGCUUCACGGGGCCCAUGAUGCAGGGUGUUGGGAUCAAUUUCGCCAAGACAAACAAGCAGGUUUGCACUGAUAUUGAUGAGUGUCGAAACGGAGCAUGUGUUCUCAAUUCUAUCUGUAUUAACACUUUGGGAUCUUAUCGCUGUGGGCCUUGCAAACCAGGGUACAUCGGUGAUCAGAUGAGGGGAUGCAAAAUGGAAAGAAACUGCAGAGAUCCAGAACUGAACCCUUGCAGUGUGAACGCCCAGUGCAUCGAAGAGAGGCAGGGGGAUGUGACCUGCGUGUGUGGGGUCGGCUGGGCUGGGGACGGCUACGUCUGUGGAAAGGAUGUGGACAUUGACAGUUACCCUGAUGAAGAACUGCCGUGCUCUGCCAGAAACUGCAAAAAGGACAACUGCAAGUAUGUGCCAAAUUCUGGCCAAGAGGACGCAGACAGGGAUGGCAUUGGAGACGCCUGCGACGAGGAUGCUGAUGGGGACGGGAUCCUGAAUGAGCAGGAUAACUGUGUCCUGACCCACAACGUGGACCAGAGGAACAGUGACAAAGACAUCUUCGGGGAUGCCUGUGAUAACUGCCGGAACGUGCUGAAUAACGACCAGAAAGACACCGACGGGGAUGGGAAAGGCGAUGCCUGUGAUGACGACAUGGAUGGGGACGGAAUAAAAAACAUCCUGGACAACUGCCAGAAAGUUCCCAAUCGUGACCAAGAAGACAGAGACGGUGAUGGUGUGGGGGACGCCUGUGACAGCUGUCCUGAGGUCAGCAACCCGAAUCAGUCUGACGUGGAUAACGAUCUGGUUGGGGACUCCUGUGACACCAAUCAGGACAGUGACGGAGACGGGCACCAGGACAGCACAGACAACUGUCCCACUGUCAUCAACAGCGCCCAGCUGGACACGGACAAGGAUGGGAUAGGAGACGAGUGUGACGACGACGACGACAACGACGGCAUCCCAGACCUGGUCCCCCCCGGGCCCGACAACUGCCGGCUGGUCCCCAACCCCGCCCAGGAGGACAGGAACAGUGACGGAGUGGGAGACAUCUGUGAGGCCGACUUUGACCAGGACCAGGUCAUUGAUCGGAUAGACGUGUGCCCAGAGAACGCAGAGGUUACCCUGACCGACUUCAGGGCCUAUCAGACCGUGGUCCUGGACCCUGAAGGGGAUGCCCAGAUCGACCCCAACUGGGUGGUCCUGAACCAGGGCAUGGAGAUCGUGCAGACCAUGAACAGCGAUCCCGGCCUGGCAGUGGGGUACACGGCUUUUAACGGAGUUGACUUCGAAGGGACGUUCCACGUCAACACCCAGACGGACGAUGACUACGCCGGCUUCAUCUUCGGCUACCAGGACAGCUCCAGCUUCUAUGUGGUCAUGUGGAAGCAGACGGAGCAGACAUACUGGCAGGCCACCCCGUUCCGAGCUGUCGCGGAGCCUGGCAUUCAGCUCAAGGCCGUGAAGUCCAAGACGGGUCCAGGGGAGCAUCUCCGCAACUCGCUAUGGCACACAGGGGACACCAGUGACCAGGUCCGGCUGCUGUGGAAGGACUCCAGGAACGUGGGCUGGAAGGACAAGGUGUCCUACCGCUGGUUCCUGCAGCACCGGCCCCAGGUGGGCUACAUCAGGGUGCGAUUUUAUGAAGGCUCUGAGUUAGUGGCUGAUUCUGGGGUCACCAUAGACACCACCAUGCGUGGAGGCCGGCUCGGCGUGUUCUGCUUCUCCCAGGAAAACAUCAUUUGGUCUAACCUCAAAUAUCGCUGCAAUGACACCAUCCCAGAGGACUUCCAAGAAUUUCAGACCCAGAAUUUUGAUCGCCUGGAUAAAUAA